AGGCCGUAGGAGGCCCAGUAUACAGUGCCACAGAAACUGUUCCCUUCACCGAACGCCAGUGGGAAGCCCACCAGCCAGUAGGCAAGACCUCCGAGUACUGUGGACAGAGGGACAACCAGGUCAUUAGUAAUUUCAGUAGUGUGAGCCAUGGACACUUGGAUCAGGCUGAACUCCACUACAGCAGGAAAGGACAAGAUUUUCAGGCUAAUUCAGUAUUUAAGUCGCUUUGUAUGGCACAACUUAGAGAGAAGGGAAAACCUCCGAGAUGCAGUGGCUCGUCUCAAGAUCUUGGAGAGUGCCUUUUCGUCUUUUAGAAAGUUGCUACGCCUUGGAAAAAGUCUUGAAACUCUACACGGAGCACUGCGCACUCGCCUUCUUCCAGAUUUAGUCCUGCGAGUCACACUCACACUCUCUAGAAUCUACCAGACCUUUUACCUACUAGUUGACCACAUCAUCUGGAUUGGCCGAGUUGGGCUUUACGAUAUCAACAAAGCAAAAUGGUCAGAUUAUUCCAAUAAGUUUUGGCUGGGAUCUAUCAUUCUAAAUUUGAUCAGGGAUGUUUAUGAAAUUUUUCAGAUUGCUCAAAAGCAGGUUCGUUGCCGAACUCCAGAGCCUUGCUUAUACAAAACUUUCCCUAUCAUAAAAACUAUGUAUGAUUGCAUCCCAGCUACUAGACCAGUCGUAGCUUUUGCUGAGGGCCAUAGAGAUGUGUUUUGGGAUAGUUUAAAGAAUUUUUGUGAUAUAUGGAUUCCUUUAACUAGCCUCGGUCACACGAAACUGUCUCCUGGAAUGGUAGGGCUCCUGGGAAGUGUGUCAUCAUUUGCUGGUCUGGUCACUGUCUUAGACCCAUUAUCAAAGUUAGCUCCUACGUAAAGCUGUGCAUUGAAACUAUAAGAUUUAAGAAUGGAAUGAGGUGUUUUCAUCAUUUAACCCUUUCAGUAUUGGUCCCGUUGUAUCUCGGGUUCGAAGUAGUGUCGAUCCCGUAGUAUGAUGCCAUGAGCUCAGCUCACUCAAGUAAGCUGUGAGCAGUAAAUUUGGGCCUAGAUAUGAGAGAAGGGGUCUAUGUGGUAAGAGUGCACCAUAUAAAAAAUAAUCCUGCAGCAUGCAGUGCAUGAGAAAAUAAAAUGCAACUGUGUGUUUGGUUUAAAACAACGACUUUGCAGUGUAUUUUUGUAUGGUUGUAUUCUCGGUCUCAUUUGAUAGAAUGGAAGAUAUAUUACAGAAAUAGAGAUGAUUUUGAUUAGUUUCAGGACUGAAAGUGGCUUGAAAUUGAGCUCAAAAUAACUGUAAUGUUUGAUUUUUGCCAAUACAUAUUCCGGAGUGCACAGUACGCCUCCAGCUGGCCAGUCUAAUAUGUACGCAUUUAGGAAAGCACUGAUGUUAUUUAUACAGUAGUCUGUGUUAUUGUAAAUAUAUUACACUUGCUUUUUAUUUUGAAUGAAUAUUCCAAAUGAGAAGCUAGUGUAAUACAUAUAAGAGUGACCUGGAGACAUGAGGAAAUGUUGAUUUAGUGCUAGAAAUGACUACAUUGUUUAUUCUGGACCCUGUUUUCAAAUUCCAAUUGUUGAAUUUUGUGUGAAAUUGUCCAAAUUACCAAUUCCUGAUAACUGUAUUGGAUAGUUGAAACAGGUAAAUGGGCAGUUUCUUGUACCCAUUCAAUAGAAUAAAGGAAUACUAGUGACAUAACUGUAAGUUUGAUUGACUGGAACAAUGGAAUUGACCAAAAAUAGAGCAUAAAGUGGACAAAAUUACUGAUGCAUAAAUAUUGCUGAGACUGCUAACUUUGUAAGACCAUAAUUCCAUAUGUUUUCCAUGAAGUUUUGUACUUUUGGUUUCAUUACCUUCGGAAAAAGUUUCUCUUAUCAUUUCACAAGAUAAAAUAAUUUAUUUAUUUUAAAUUCUUCGACCCUGGGAGAAAGUUUGUGAACAUGGGUCACGACACUGAAAGGGUUAAAUAUGGAUACAUUGUCUUUACAGUGGAACCUCAAAAAUCGAACUUAAUCCGUUCCAGGAGCUAGUUCUAAAUUCGAAGCAAUAUUUCCCAUAAGAAAUAAUGGAAAUACAAUUAAUCUGUUCCAGAAACCCAAAAAUAUUCACACAAAAAAUACAUUUUAUAGAGAUUAAUUACAGUUUUACAUACAACAAAUACUAUAGUUUUUAAUUAUGUUAUUUAUUAUCACACUGGCCAAUUCCCACCAAGGCAGGGUGGCCUGAAAAAGAAAAACUUUCACCAUCAUUCACUCCAUCACUGUCUUGCCAGAAGGGUGCUUUACACUACAGUUUUUAAACUGCAACAUUAACACAACAUUAAUUAUGUAUAGCAAUAUAUAUAUAAAAUAACAUUUUUACUUACCAUUAUUGAAGAUUGGUGAUGGCAUCUGGAAGAUAGGGAGGAGGAGAGAGGGAGUUGGGGUUAGUGUUUGGAAGGAGAAUCCCCCUCCAUGAGGACUUCAGGUAAAGCCCUCUCUGGGGUUACUUCCCUUCUCUGUCUUUUAAUGCCACUAGGACCAGCUUGAGAGUCACUGGACCCCUGUCUCACAAAAUAACUGUCCACAGUUCUCUGUUUCUGGCGCCUCUUUAACAUUUCCCUAAAAUGGGACAUGGUUCUGUCACUGAACUUCUUGCAAAGAUGGCUUGUUUCAGCUUGCUCAGGGUGUUACUUCUGCACAAACAUUUGGACAUCAUUCCACUUGGCACAAAUCUCCUUAAUCUUUGAAGAAGGCACCUCAUCCACUCCCUAUAUUAACACCUUUUGCAACAUCAGCUUCCUUUGACAGGAUAGAACCGAUGGUCGACUUGUUUUUCCCAUAAAUCCUGGCAGAAAUAAUCGUAAAAUGCGUGAAUGAGAGCGCAGGUUAGUGUUCACUCAAGCAUAAACAAAGCUAGACUGCUCACGGUGCCUGCGGCAGACAGGUCCCGUACCCGGCGGUCCGAAAAUAGGGGCGCAUUUGAUAAUAGGGACACAGUUUGUCCGAAAAAAUGGUCCUAUUUUCGAAACGUUCGAUAUGUGAUACGUUCGAUUUUUGAGGUUCCACUGUAUUAGAUUUUUCCCCAAGUCAUAUUUUAUGGGUUAAUAUUCCUGUAAAUGAACUGGAAUGUAUUCUUUUUCUUUGCAUCUAAACUAAUUAACAGGCUAGCCUAACCUUGUUCAAGUUUACACGCUAUAAUAACAUACAUAUAGCUUAACUGUACCUAAUAGUAUAUCUAUAGUCAUUCUAUCUUCAGUUAAUACUAUUGCCCAUUGAAGAAAUGUGUGUAAUUCUGAUAAUAUAAUUUUUUUAGUAUGAAAAAAUUAAUAUAAGCUAGGCUUAUUUGUCAAUGACUUGUAAAAUAUAGGGUUAAGUCAGUAAGUUUUUGGUUAGUGUUAUCUCAUGUAGCUACCAAGGAUACAUUAGGAAAUGAUUGUGCUGAAUAACUUACUAUACCCUAGCAACUGUUUUUUUUUCACUCUUGGUGCAAAGAAGAGAAUGCAUGUAAUCCCAGGAUAGCACAGUGUCAUCUUUUGGGGAGACUAUGGGCUACACAGCCAUUAUUAUAUGGUAAGCCAGUUAGACUUCUGUGUUUUGUCUUGGUAUCAGUGUCUUCCUAAGGUUUCACCUUGGCCAACAUUAGUUCCAAAAUGACUUGUAGUGUGAAGAAUAAUAGUCAAGGAAUCACACUAACCACCAAUGAAUAUCUUAUAUGCUAUGGUGAGGCUGCCAAGAAAUUAGGUAAAAUUGCUAGUCUAUACCAUCUUAAAAAUGUAAGAAAUUUAUAGAAACUGUAGAGCAUGCAAAAGCUGCCUCUACUGCUAGACUUACCUACACUCCCAGUAAGCUCUUGGAGGAUACAGCAAAGUUCUUU